AUGCGUAAAUCACAAUUAUGGGCAGUUGGAUUAAAUAAUUAUAAAACAAAAUUUCCAAAUUGUUCAUUAAUUGAAGAAAUAUAUUCUCGUCAUUAUCCUUUUGGAAAGUUAAAAACUACACAAUGGUUAUUACAAACACUUCUUUUAUUUUCUGCAAUGUAUUUUCCAUACUUUGCAUCUAAUCGUGCAUCAAUUUAUCUUAUUCUACCAGCAAUUGUUAGUUUUAUUCACUGGCUUUUAUAUUAUUGUACUGUUCAUCUCGAAAGCCAAAAUAAUGCAAAACCAAUUCGUUUGUCAACCCUUUUCUUUGCUGUUUGUUUUGUUACUUUUUAA